UAGCUGAGAAGAAAAAGAUGGCUUCCAGGACCCAAACAGCGGCCAAAAUUCCAGUAGUAGAUUUCUCCCAAGAGGAUUGCUGGAAGUCAGGGACAAGUUCUUGGCUCUCAGUACGCAGAGACGUUUGUAAUGCUCUCGAAGAGUUUGGCUGUUUCCUGGCAGUCCUUCCCAACAAAGUUUCACGGGAGCUUAAUGACACCAUGUUUGGGACAUUCAACGAGUUGUUUGAUUUCCCCGACGAAAUUAAAGCACAAUUUCCUCAGGAUAAACCUCUAGUUGAGGGUUACGUAAGGCUGCCUACCCGUGAAUCCAUGUCAUUUCGUUCAAGCACUGAAAAAAUAAAGAACGUCACAUGUCAACUUUGGCCGGAAGGAAAUGACCAGUUUCGUGAGAGUGCUGAUCUGUAUUCAAAAGUGAUGACAGAAUUAAAUCAAGUUGUGACAAAAAUGGUAUUUGAAAACUACAAGGUAGAGAAAUACCACGAUGAUCACAUUCAAUCGACCAUGCCCACUACCCUACUUAUAAAAUAUGAUGAACCCAAGACAGAUGAAACUGAAACUGUUCUACACAUUCAUACAGACAAGUGUUUUACUACCGUACUCCAUCAAGAAUCGUAUGGUGUUGAGAUAAGCACAAAGGAUAACGAGUGGAUUGGUUAUGAUCCUCUGCCUUCAUCAUUAUUAUUCCUAGCUGGUGAUGGACUUCAGGUUUGGAGUAACGACAGAAUAAAAUCUUGCAAGCACAAAGUCGUUUUGAAGGAAAAUAAGGUCAGAUACUCGUUCGGACAAUUCUUUUGGAACAAAGGAGUGAUAUAUGUACCAAAUGAGCUUACGGACGAGGACCACCCCAUGCAGUAUAAGGCAAUAGACCUAGUGGAAUAUUUACAAUAUUAUUAUGAAAAUAUGUCCACCGUGGGAUUUGAUUUUUCGGUCAAGGACUAUUGUGGGAAGCAUAACGCCACAAGCAUGAGUUUAAAAGGAGGUGUUGGAAAAUAAUAACGUAAAGUUUCACGUACUUAGGUUCACUUGUUCUUGUGGGUUUAGCCUUUGCUUAUACAAUAAAACGUGUAUCUUGUUCUCUGUAAAUACUUCCAUACGAAGUUUAUCGGAGUUGAACUGAGGUUGUGUUCGUAUCAAAUAAUUAUACUUUGGUAUGCAUGAUUCUUGCUACGCUGUGCUGUGUUGUUUCCAAAUGGAAUCAAUCCAUAAGCCUGUUGUUUCAAAGGAGAUGGUGCUCACAAUCCCUCUA